CUUUUAUUAAUAGAAGAUCGUCGUGUAUUCGCAAUGCCAUCAGAGACAUACAUAUAUACAUAAUUGCCUAUAUGUAUAUAUAUUUCUCAUGGCUUAAAAAAACUAAACCUACAGAAUUGAUGACGUUGAAAUCAGAAUAUUAAUAAUAGAAAAAUCAAGGGAUAAUAAAUUAACGUUUAUCAGUUAAAUGAGGGCGACUUAACGACGGCUUACGAAUAUACUUGUACUUUCAAAUAGCAACCAUUUUUCUUACAACAAAGCAAAUUUUGCUAUUCAUAGUGUGUAUACAUCAUACAUAUGUACAUAAAUAUAUUUGGGUUUACGUAAACUAAGGCAAUAAAGUGUGUUUGCAAAAGUGAAGUGAAAAGCCUCCGAUGGUUAGACAUUUUGCUAAGUCGAUAAAAAACGGUAUUUUCGCAUAUUCGCGUAUGUAUGUACAUACAAGUAUAUGCAUGUGUGUUGUGUUCGCAAAGUUGAAAAAAUAAUAACUAAAAUUUACCUAAUAUCAAUAUAGCCCAAUAGCGAUCCAAAGUUAUACCCAACAGAUAACUGUGGCUAAAAGUGGAAAACUUAAAUAAAUUAACAGACUUUUAGUCGUGAAGUUUCGAUCGAAAAUUGACGGAGGAAAAAGCCAGUGUGCUCGGAUGUGCAGAUUCGAUGUAUUUUUUUAACAUUGUAUCUUAUAGUGGCUUUUUCAUUUUUCCACUCAACGUUGAAGUACAAACUAAUUUCAUUGUUGUUUUUACCUUGCGUUAUUUGCAGCUUCUUAAUAAUUACAUAUAUACAUAUGUAUGUGUGUAUAUGUUUUGAAGACGAGGCUUAGUCAAUGUGGUUACCAUAGUGUCUUGCCGAUGUGGUGUUCUUCAAGUCUUAUUACUUACUUUAUUUAUUUAUUAUUUCUUUUUCACCAUCUAACUUAAUGUCUUAAGUAAUUACGGACGAAUGCAUGUUGCGUGCGUGUGCGUUACGGCAUUUAUGGUGUUUGGCUUAUUGGUGAACUGCGUUUGAAGGUGAUCGCGCAAGUAUAGCCAUUAGCUGCUUAGAAACAUACGCUUAUGCUCGCACAGCAGUCUUAAGGCCUAUAUUAUACUACACGUACUUAUUGAAGUAUGCGCGUGUGAUUUUUAAACCCAACACACAAUUUAGUUGGGUGCAAACUUUAAGUUAGUCCAGAAGCACAAAGUGGCAUUUUAUACUGAAGGAGUUUCAUUGGCAAACCUGCCAUCAAUUGGUGGUGCUUGAAUAGGUUUUACAUCUAUAUUAUUCACAUAAACGGAUUAUAAACAUGCUGACUAAUCAGGUUUUUAAAGUGAUAGAUGCCAAAUCAAAUUUUCAUCGUAAAUCAUCUUCAGAGAUAAAACAUUUUUUCUAGUUUAAGGCUUCUUGCAUUGUGUAGUAGUGUCAAGGCUCGCUGGUGUCAAAACUUUAUGGGCUUAGACAAAUUUUUACAAUCGAAUAUCAAUAAUUUUCAUCCAUAUAAUACUAUCAAGAAAUGGGCCUGCAAAUUUACAAUCCAAGUUAUCUGAUUUGAUUUCGGAAGACUAAUUUUUGUGGGGGUACGUUAAGUGCGAGCUCUACGCUCAUAAACCAGCUAUGUCCAACCACUUGGAAACCAACACUCAGCACAUUUUUGCCUAGCGCCUGUUCAAACGCUACAUGCCAUAAAAUUUGCGAACCAAUACUAAAUAUUGACGAUUUCGUCUUGUUUAACUUUAAUAAAAUUUCUAUCCCUCUAAAAAAACACCCUUUACAUGUUUGUAGAUACCGCGCGCGAAACUUAUGGUACACCAGCAUACUAGCACUCUUACGAUCACUUCACUUGCCGUUAGCAGCCACAGAUUAUAGCCGCUACAGAUAGUGAAUUGAGGAAAAGCAAACAAAACCGCUACUAGCAAGUGAGUGCUUUUGUGCUUUUUACAGCAAGCAUUUCACUGCAAAUUCAUCAUUGAAUUGCUGAAUGUCUAAACAUAAAUUGAAAGCGAAAACUAUUGUGUUUGUAUUUGUAUUAUUUGUUGUUGUCCAACACAUUGCGUCCGGCUCCAAGUGCAUCUGUUCGAAUCAACUGGUGCAAAUAUGAUGCUUUUAUCCGCUUUGAAGUUGGGUACAGGAAGCUCUCCUGCCCAGAACACUACUCGUAGUAGUAGUCCGAACAACUCCACCUCGACCAGUCAAUUUAAUCUGCAUCAUAACAGUUCCGGAAGUUUGGGAAGCGCGACACCUACAGCUGCACCGCUACAACCUUCGGUUACCACCUUUAAGCAAACACCAAAUAUUUUGAAUAGCGGCGCUACAUCGUUGGACAACACAAUGCCGGGAGGUAUUCCAACGCCGGGUACUCCAAAUUCUAAGUCUAAGGAUAAUUCACAUUUCGUCAAAGUUGUGGUGGCUCUUUACCCGUUUAAAGCUAUUGAAGGUGGUGAUUUAUCACUCGAAAAGAAUGCUGAAUAUGAAGUGAUUGAUGAUUCCCAAGAGCACUGGUGGAAAGUGAAGGACGCUUUGGGCAAUGUGGGCUAUAUACCAAGUAAUUACGUUAAGCCAAAAGCUUUACUAGGCUUGGAGCGUUAUGAAUGGUAUGUUGGCGAUAUGUCUCGUCAACGCGCUGAAUCUCUUUUGAAACAAGGUGACAAAGAAGGUUGCUUUGUUGUGCGGAAAUCAUCGACAAAAGGUUUAUACACGCUGUCCUUACAUACCAAAGUACCACAAUCUCAUGUGAAACAUUAUCACAUCAAACAAAAUGCGAGAGGCGAGUACUAUUUGAGUGAAAAGCAUUGCUGCGAGACCAUACCGGACCUAAUAAACUAUCACCGACAUAACUCCGGGGGAUUAGCGUGCCGUUUAAAAUCAUCGCCUUGUGAUAGACCAGUUCCACCAACUGCAGGAUUGUCCCACGAUAAAUGGGAAAUUCACCCAAUGGAAUUAAUGCUCAUGGAAGAGCUUGGUUCGGGGCAAUUCGGUGUGGUACGACGGGGAAAAUGGCGUGGAUCCAUUGACACUGCUGUUAAAAUGAUGAAGGAGGGCACCAUGUCCGAGGACGAUUUCAUUGAGGAAGCCAAAGUGAUGACCAAAUUGCAACAUCCUAACCUUGUGCAAUUGUAUGGCGUUUGCUCGAAGCAUCGUCCUAUUUACAUUGUCACCGAAUAUAUGAAACAUGGAUCGUUGUUGAACUACUUGCGCCGACAUGAGACCACACUGAUUGGGAACAUGGGUUUGUUGUUGGACAUGUGUAUACAGGUUAGCAAAGGCAUGGCUUACUUGGAACGUCACAACUACAUUCAUCGUGAUUUAGCCGCACGUAAUUGUCUCGUUGGUUCUGAAAAUGUAGUAAAAGUCGCAGAUUUCGGUUUGGCUCGCUAUGUUUUGGACGACCAAUACACAAGCUCAGGUGGCACCAAAUUUCCUAUUAAAUGGGCACCGCCGGAGGUGUUGAACUAUACGCGUUUCUCUUCCAAAAGCGAUGUCUGGGCAUACGGAGUACUUAUGUGGGAAGUGUUCACCUGUGGCAAAAUGCCUUACGGUCGUCUUAAGAACACCGAAGUGGUGGAACGUGUCCAACGUGGUAUUAUAUUAGAAAAACCAAAGUCAUGUGCAAAGGAAAUAUACGAUGUUAUGAAGAAAUGCUGGUCUCACGGCCCGGAAGAGCGCCCCUCAUUCCGUAUUCUCAAGGAGCAACUAGCCCUCGUCGCUCAAACACUAACUGACUAAGCUUCAGCAGAGUUUAUCGAUGCGACAUCAGUGAUUGUCGAAUUAUGUACUGAGUUAAUUUAUAUAGAUAUUAGCAAAGUAAUCGAUGAGUGAAAUAAUAGGAAGGAAAAUAGAGUUUGCCAAAAGCUUAUUCUUUAGAAACAAGUAAAUGCUAAGUAAAGUAAUCCAACUGCUAAUAUGAAUUCAUAAUAUCAUCCAUCUUUAAAAGUAGUCAAUACUUUUGUGGAAACUAAACAAAAAUAUAUAAGUAGGAAUAUAAAACAAGUCAAAUAAUUAAAAAAAAAAAUAGGAAAAAAUAAAGAAUUUCAUAUUAAGAAUAACGCUCUUCGUAAACGUGCGAUUCGCGAAAGUAUUCAAAAAGUUGUCCAGAUGACUUAAAUACAUACAUAAGUAUAUGAAUGCAUCCUAAAAUGUUUGUAAUUUUUUCAACUAGCCAGCCACGUUAAUUAAGAAAUGAACAAUUGAAAGAGAGAUUUUUGAACUAUUUUUAGUAAGAAAUAACGUUUAGUAUGCUUUUUUAUUGUGCUUUUUACUUUUAUAUACACAAAAAUGAACGUAUGCAUACAAAAACUAAAUUUAGAUAUAAAUAACGUAAUUCGAAUAUUGAAACUGAUUAAAUAUAAUGCCUAUGGAUAUCUUAAAUGUAAGUAAAGACGCCAUGUAUAAUGUGAGAAUUGAGUUCACGUUGAAGAAUUUAUGUAUUAUUUCAUAUUUUUCCGUACAAAACUACGGCGAGUUGAAUAAGAGUAAAAAUAUAAUUAAAAAGUAAAACGUGCAUAAGAAUGAUUUUUUUAUAAAGUAUAUGCCUAUCCAGGCAAACACUCACCGUUCUA